AUGGUGACAGUACCUCUUUUUCGCAGCCUCGUCAGUGGUUCAAAAGCCACAUCAGACGAACCUGUUAAGUCCGAAAAUGAACAAAAGCCCAACACUGGCAUCACAGACAAAGACGCAACUAUUCGUCUCGAGCCUGUCCCAAACAGAAACGGCCUUCUCAUCAAAAUAGAAACACCGAAAGAACCCUCCGUCAACAUCCCACACGUCCCUUGCGAUAUCGUUCUAGUCAUUGAUGUUUCUGGUAGUAUGGGUCAGCCAGCGCCCGUGCCAGGAGAAGAUCAAGAAAGUGCUGGAUUGUCUGUUCUUGAUCUUACCAAGCAUGCUGCGCGCACCAUUAUCGAGACCAUGAAUGAGAAUGAUCGCCUUAGUAUCGUUACUUUUGCAUCAAAGGCUAAAGUCUUACAACCUCUGUUGCCUAUGAAUAAGGAUAACAAAGCGCGUGCUCUUAAGAAUGUUAAGAGUAUGGGGCCUCGUGAUGCGACUAAUCUUUGGCAGGGUAUGCUUGAAGCUGUUAAGCAGUUCAAGACUGAUGAAGCAUCUCACAAUGUUCCUGCUAUUAUGAUCCUCACAGAUGGUAUGCCGAACCACAUGAACCCAGCAGCUGGCUUCGUCCCCAAGAUUCGCAACAUGAGUCCCCUCCCAGCAUCAAUCCACACAUUCGGUUUCGGGUACAGUCUCCGAUCAGGCCUUCUCAAAUCCAUCGCCGAGAUUGGCGGCGGUAACUACGCCUUCAUUCCCGACGCAGGCAUGAUCGGAACAGUCUUUGUCCACGCCGUCGCAAACCUCCAAAGCACAUUUGCAACACGCGCUGUACUCAAACUGGCCUACUCCAAGCCUCUCGAGUUACUAGAAACAACCGGUCCAUCUGUAGAACAGAAACCUGUCGAGUUUGCGGAUGAUUCCGAAGACAGCGUUGCAGAGUUGACAUUGAACCUCGGAAACUUGCAAUUCGGCCAGUCACGCGACAUCUUUCUUCGCGUCAAUAACAUCAAGCAGCUCGAGUUUCUGAUUGAACAGGAUCCUGCUCGUUCUGCUGUAGAAGCUUACUUGACAUACGUCAAACCAGGGAACUGUCUUAAGAGUCGCAAGGUCCUUGAGGCCAUGAUGUCCAAAGAUGCAGCUUUUAUUCCCAUGGCUACUGCGCAACGCAGUGUUUUAGAGUACACAGACAUCCCCUCUUCAGAAGUCGCAUAUCAUGAAUCCAGAUCCCUCAUCUGCAAUUUUAUCUCGACAAUGUUUCCCAUCCAGUCUGAUGGCGAACGUUCAGUUAUCCGAAACACGCAGCACAAACCCGACGAACUCAAGGCUCUAAUCGAGAAUAUCCCAGCAAAAGACUUCAACGACGACAAGAACAAGUCUCUGAUGCAAGAUAUCUCAAUGGAAGAACCCAAAGGUCAAGUUUCCAUGGCCAUCGAAAGCAAAGACUACUUCGAAAAAUGGGGAUGUCAUUUCCUCCCCUCUUUACUCAACGCACACACACGCCAAGUCUGUAACUCGUUCAAAGAUCCUGGACCACUUCAGUACAGUACCGAAAGUCCUCUAUUCAUUUCCUGUCGGGACUCUUUGGAUCAAAUCUUUGACAAUUUACCCCCGCCUGAACCUUCAUGCGUUCGACGAUCAAGCGGUGGAAGAUUUUCUGCUAGCAGUGUCCCUGUGAGCAUGAGCGCCUACCGUAAUAGCUCGGGCGUUUGCUUCGCAGCAUCUACAGAAGUAACUCUCGCAUCCGGUCGCAUCGUGCAAAUACGCAAACUCCGUCGCGGCAUGAAAGUCCGUACACCACGUGGUUCACGCCGCGUAGCCAUGGUUCUCAAAACACCCGUCGAACAAGAAGUUCUCUGUCGUGUGGGAGAAGUCCUCGUUACGCCAUGGCAUCCUAUUUCCUCCGACAGUAAGCGCUGGGAUUUCCCCGCCAACGAAGCUACUGCUGUUAUCAUGUACACUGGUUGUAUUUACUCUAUUCUUUUGGAACGCGAUGCGAGUGUUGCUGCGCAUGCUAUUCGUGUUGGGGAUAUGUGGGGUGUUACUCUUGGUCAUGGAUUGACUUGUGGGAAUGAUGUUCGUGCGCAUGAGUUUUUUGGAGCUUAUAAUGUUGUUGGGAAGAGUCUUUUGGGGCUUGAACGAAGGGGCAAUGGGGUUGUGGUUGGGAAUGGUGUUGAGAGGGAUGAGGGUGGGUUGGUGAUGGGGUUUCGCCAACCAAGUAAGUGA